UGAAUGUUCGUUUGAAAUAGAAAAUAGUCAGACUGAAGUUGAUCAGGCAAACGACAAAUCAUACAAUAUGCCAAAAAAUAGUGAAGCUAAACAAGGUGAACAACCUCAUCCUAAUGUUGUACUAUCCAUAAAAGAAAUGUUGGGCAAGCUACCUCCUGUUAAUGAAAAAUGUAGCAUCUUUCGAGUUCCUAAACUGUUACGCAAUAUGCAUCAUAGAGCCUAUACCCCUCAAGUCAUUUCCAUAGGUCCACUUCAUCAUCACCGAAAGGAUUUGUUAGCCUCUGAGCCAUAUAAGCUUCGAUACUGUUCGAAUUUUCUAAGCUAUCUAGGUAACCCGAUGGAUUCCUUUGAGCUCCUUAAGAACAAUACUCGAACUUUGAUGAAGGAAGUUCGAAAUUGCUAUGGAGAACCCAUAAACAUGAAUGAUGAGAAUUUUCUUAACAUGAUGGUUGUGGAUGGUUGUUUCCUAGUAGAGUUCUUGAUACAACAUCAUAACCGAUACUACCCAAAUACAUGCUUCCAAACUCCAAACAAUUUAGAUCUUACCUUCCACCAAAGAUCCACCGAGCUAUUUACUGAUUUGAUUAUGUUGGAAAAUCAAGUCCCUUUCUUCCUUCUUGAACGUCUGUUCGGCCUCAUACCAGAAUCAAUCUCCAUCUCCUUUGAAUACUUAACCGGUAUGUUUUUUAAACGCGAACUUGUUGACAAUUAUUCUCUUAAAGAUAUAUUGUUGAGAAAACCAAAGCACUUUAUCGAUUUUUUAAGCUUCUACUUCGUCUCAAACACGUCUCAAGAGAACAAUAAUAAUAAUAGUCCUAUAACUCCUCCAUCGAUAACUGAGCUUCACAAGGCUGGUGUCACCAUCAAGAAAGCAGAAAAUGCCGAAUGUGCAAUGAACCUAAGUUUCGAAAAUGGGAUUUUCACAAUUCCACGUUUAACUAUUAAUGAUGUCUUCGAAUACACCAUGCGAAAUCUGAUAGCAUUUGAACAUUUUCCCUUGGGAAAUGAAAGCAAGUGUAUCCAAUAUAUCGCAUUCAUGGAUGAUUUGAUAAGCAAGGAGAAAGACGUGAAUUUACUUGUGAAAGCUGGAAUCAUAAUCAACAAGAUUGGAGGUAGUGAUAAAGAAGUUUCAAACUUGUUUAACAAUCUCUGCAAAUUUGUUGAGCUACCAUGUAAGGGCGAUUUCAACAAUACCAGCGAAGCUUUACGUAAGCAUUGUGAUGGACGAUGGAACAAGGCACGAGCUUCACUUAUGCAUAACUAUUGUAAUACGCCAUGGGCUUUUAUCUCCUUCUGUGCUGCAUCUUUCCUUAUUAUUCUAACUCUCUCUCAGACUAUAUUUUCUGGGUUAUCUACCUUUCCGAGUAAACUUUAG